AUGGUUCUGCUUAAGUUCCAUCCAAGCAUCCAACCUAAGGCUCUGGACUGGCUAAUAGAGAAGAUCUCAGCCUGCGAAUCCCAUGGUGGCCUUGAUCUGCUAUGCAGGCUAGUGGGCAUGUCCCGGCAGGGAGAGCCAUCGCUGGUAGUGGGCGCUGGCACCGAACGCCUGCUUCUGGAAGCUGACGAGGCCAUCCUCUUCCAUCAAAAGCCCUACACGUCAGCUGUCAGACUCAGUGAAGCUGUGUGCUCAGACACGCAAGGUCCCAGCCUGGGACCAGAGGCGAAGGCCGAGGGUGCGACAGCAGAGAAAGAGAGGGAUGAGGCCGCGGAUGAGAGCAAGAAGGGUAUAGCACACGGGCUCUACAGGAUGAUCUCAUCCGCUGAGGCAGUGAGUUUGCUCAUUAAGAUCCUAGGCAAGCUGGAGGUGACUGAAGCAGAAGAGGUGAACAUACUCCCUGACAUCUACCUGCACCCGGGGGAGCCUGUCAUUACCAGCAUGCUGCAGUGUGGCGCCCUCAGAACACUUCACCCUGUCCACGAGGUGCCCGUUUUGGAGGUCCUGGAGAGGAAAUGGAGGGCCACAUGGUUUGGCUUCAGAAGGUCUCGUCAGAGGGAGCUCCUGGAAGAUGUCCGGGAUUACUACGGCAAGCCUGUCGCUCUCUACUUUGGCUUCAUGUUUGCACUUGGAAAAGUUCUCCUGCCCAAGGCGGUUCUCUCUCUGUGCCUCUCGCAAGAGGAUGGUGGAGCCCUCAUCUCCCUCUCUUGCGUGGUGUGGUCGAGGCUCUUCCUGCAUGAGUGGAAGGUGAAGCGCGGCGGUCUGAGGGCUGACUGGGGAUCUGAGGAGACGAUGCACAGAGCGGGUCCCCAUGUGUAUCCACCUCAUCACACAACAACACUGGGCCCUUCGGUGAACAGGCUCUUAAAACAGGCCCUGGUUUCUGUGCUUUUCCUGACCCUCACUAUCACAAUCUCUUCCACUGUGAUGGCCACUUACUUCUAUGUGGAUGAGAUGGUGAAAGUCCAUUUCUCAGAAGACCAAAACAAGUCGGAUUAUUCUUAUCUCUUCUGCUACUACAUCGCUGAUAUCCUUCUGUCAGGUAGCAUGAUGGUUUUGGACUGGUUUGCUGUAGAGCUGUCUGGACACCUGGACUCAGUUUCUCCCACCUUUUCACAUGCGCUUGGGAGUCAGUGUUACAGCCAGGCUUUCCUGCCAGAGGUCAUUGUCUUUUGCCUCUUUAACCACUUUGCCCUGUAUUUCUACCAAGCCCUGUGGCUGAGGGAGUUGACUGCACUGGACCGUCGCAUCACUGUGCAUCUGGCCACUCAGUGCGUCCUGAGCCUUCUGCUCAGUCUUCUGCUGCCCUUGGUCAAAAAGUGGAGAGUCAAGGGAAGAGGUGGGGCAGAGGCAGGCUUGCCCCCCGGCCUGCAGCAGAUCCAUAGCCAGUGUGACUGGCCUGCCAGCAGUAACAGCCAGACCUGUUGCUACCUCGAGCUGCUCAUCAUCUACUGCCACGUAAUGCUCCUCUCCAGCUUUAACCCCCAGUGCGUGGUGUGGUGCUGGGUGGCCAUCUUCCUGAAAUCCUGGCUGGACACGUGGCGGCUGGGCUGGGCCGUGUGCCGCCCGCUGCCCUGUGAAGCCCCUGUGGAGAGCGUGGCCGUCUGGGAAGAGGUGUUCGGCAUGAUGGAGGCGCUAGCGCUGCUGGGCAACACCACACUGCUCCAGGCAGCGCAGACAAAGGGGGAGCAGUUCAGCGUGUGGGAGGUGAUGCAGGUGGCCAUGGGCCUGCAGCUCCUCCUACUGAUGCUCGGAGGUACUGCGGCUAACGUGAUACUCUGCAUCCUGCAGGCUUUCGGAUGGAAUUCGGAGGCGGCGGAGGGGCAGCGGCACCACAGACACUACAGGCUGCAGAGACAGCAGCAGCACAAUCGACUGCCCCCACAGGCACACGAGUAA